GUCUCCGGCCUCCUAUAUCGUCAUUUCGCCGUCCCCCCAAUCCAAUCCACAGGUAUUUUCUCAUCUUCAACCCUUAAGGUCUUGAUUUGAUCCACAAAUUUUAGAUUAAUUUUUGUUCUGUUAUCAUCACUAAAUGUUUGGAUCUUUGUUAAGCCUCAAUCCUUACUCUUCAGAUUCGACCUUUAUUCUCGAGGUUGCGUAUGAAACUCCGGUUUUCAGAUCUUAAGUAUUUGCUCUGUAUAAUCUUUAGUUGUUCUGUAUAAUCUUUGUAUUUGUUCAGCCAUUAAAAGAAGAAAAGAAACUCACCCCAUGUAAGAAUUGCUUCUUUGACUUCUACUGUUAAGAACUUCUCGUCUCCAUGAAUUUGUGCUAUUUGAUCCAUUCAAUGGUUUUGAGAUUUCUUUCGCGUUGCUAGGUAUUGUAUGUUAUUUGGAAUUUAUGAUACAAGAAUUUCCUUUUUCAUUCAUUAUGCAACGCGGAUGCUAUUACUCCGUUUUCGUGCAUUUUAUUUUAUAUCGAUGUGGCCUUUUAUUUCGUUUCCAACAAAUAAGACUGUGAUUUAUUUAUGUGUUUCUAAAUCAUUGAUUUACUAGAUGCCAUUUAUUUGUUGUGAGAGUGGUGAAAUUGUGUUUUGGUGUGAUGUUUGCGCGAUUUUGAUGCAAAAUACUCCCUUUGUCCCGAGAAUACCAAAAUGAUCUUCACCCUUUCCUCUUAAGUUAGGCCCAAAAUAAUUCUUUAUUUCCUUUUGAAGAACACAGUGUGGUUCAAACUUUCUUCUUCUAAUCAAACUCUUUCUACACACCUUUCACUUUUCCCAAGCUUCGUGAAAUCAAACUGUGAAGUUCUAUACGGGACAGAGGGAGCAUUGUUUAAUGGGAUAAAGAUGGCCUUACUUGCAUGCAGAUAGUAAUGGGAAGUUUAUAUACCUUGAAACUGUACUAUGGGUUAGGGACUUGCUGAUAUAGUUGCGUAAGUGAUUAAGUGGAUAUCAAAAUGCUAUCUUUCAUAUUAGAAUGGCCAAUGUUAAUCACUCAUUUGCCCAUGUUUUUAUAUUCAGUGAACUAGUUGUAAAGAUCAUUGAGACUCCCUCCUUCCCCACAUACACUUUUCUUCCUGAUGCUCGUUCGUAUUUAUAUAUUGUGCAAAAACAGUGAGGCACUAACAUUUUGGAAAUGGAGCUGAGUACCAUUAAAGAUGCUUUUGAUAGGGUGACAAAGAAACAGAAACUCUCCUCUUCCAAAUCUCAAGAAAUAGUAACACAAAUUGGGCAAGAAAUAGAACAAGCCGUAGCGAGCAUUCAAGGGGAGACAUCCGUCACUAAUCACAAGCUUAUUCUGGCAGAGCUGAAGGCCAAGUUGAAGGAAAUCGCACCUCUAAACCAGCUCGAAGGUGUAUCAAAAGAACUAAACAUUGCAUUAAGCAAGUACACGAAGAUCCUUGAGAAGUUCUUCAACCCCGACAUCUCAAAGGCCUACAGAAAUGUUGACUUUGACAUCCAUACCCUCAACCAGAUAAUUGCCAGCCAUUUUUAUCAGGAGGGCAUGUUUGACAUUGGGGAUUGCUUCGUGAAUGAAUCCAGGGAAGAAUCAAAUGCUUCGAUAGAUAAAACUCCAUACCUAGAGAUGUAUCAGAUUCUAGAAGCCUUGAGGCUCCGGAACCUCCAACCAGCUUUGAACUGGGCUGCCACUAACCGUGAAAAACUCAAACUUUGUGGGGCCGACAUUGAGAUGAAACUUCACUGCUGGAAUUUCGUUGAAAUAGUAAAAAACAAAGGCAAAGACGAGGCCCUAAAAUAUGCUCAAAACUUCUUCCCGCCCUUUUGUGCCAAUCACUUAGCUGAAAUCCAGAAGUUCAUGGGAUAUCUUGUAUAUGCCGAGAGACUCGAUUCCUCACCAUACUCUGAUCUCUUAUCCCCAAAGCAUUGGGAGAAUCUGGCCGAGGAUCUUAAAAGACAGUUCUGCAAUCUACUCGGUCAUCCCUAUGAGAGUCCAUUAAGGGUGACAAUUGGAGCUGGGGUCCAGGGAUUGCCAACCCUCCUAAAACUGAUGAAUGUUAUGAUGGCAAAACAGGAAUGGCAGUCCAUGAAGGAGUUGCCAGUACACGUGGACCUGGACAGAGAGUUCCAGUUUCACUCUUUCUUUGUGUGUCCGGUGAGCCGUGAACAGGCAACCGAAGAGAAUCCGCCUAUGUUGUUGUCGUGUGGGCACGUGCUGUGCAGGCAAUCUAUAACAAAACUGUCCAAAAACAAUAGCUCCAGGCCGUUCAAGUGUCCUUACUGCCCCACAGAGGUUGAACUGGUUCUCUGUAAGCCAUUGUAUUUCUGAUAUGGUUUCUAGUGUUCUUUGCAUGAGCUCCAUCUUUGUGUAUUCUUCUACUUGUGACCACCCCACUACAUUUCCAUUUGCUUUCUCUCUCGCUCUCAUUCUGUAUACUUAUCUAGUCUGGGUCAAGUAUUAAGUUGCUAAACCUCUUUCAUAACAUCUCUAUGUUUCCGUGGAGGGGUUCAGUUGCCACCGGGCAACGGUGUCACUGGGCGCUGUGGUAUUAUGUUCGCUAAGUUGAUAGUUUGUACCCCCUAACCCCUGGCCCGGUAAACUCCCCAGCCCAAUUUGAACCCACUCCCCUAUUCCCAUCAAUUAGACGUCUUUGGAGUCAAACCUUUGGCCAGAAGUCGACCAAACUUGGAGAGUCCAAUUGACGAGGGUAGGGGUUCGGGUCGGGCUGGGGGUUUAACCAUCAAUUUUUUGAAUCCGAAUGGCACUAAGGGGGAACUGUUGCCCAGCGACAAUGGGACCAAUCCAAUAUUUUUGGGGUAUUAUUUCUAUUCUCUUGUUUGCAUGCUUGUUUGGCAUGUAGAUUGAAAUUUACU